CACUCGCACAUCACGCAGAUACAUACCAGCACCCAAAGCCUCAGCCGCCAUGGGAGUCCCACCCCCCUCCGACUCCAAACGCCUCGACUCUCUCGGGCCCAAGCAGCAGCACGACGACGACUACCACGUCACGCACGACGCCACCACCUCCUCGUCGUCGUCAGCGCCGCUCCUCUCCAGCUACGAUGCAGCCCCGGACGUCGACGGCGACGAGGAGCCACCAGCAUACAGCGACAUGGGCGAGGAGCCGCCCGUGUUCACGCCGUACGUAGCACGGCAGCACGUCCUGAGCAACGGCAAGGUGAUCUCGCACGACGCGCACCUCAACCGCGACGUCGAGGCGCUCUACCAGUUCCUAGUAUUGCAGGCGACGCAGCCACCGCAGCCGCGUCUGCGCGUCGCCGGCUCCCACUCCGUGCGCUCCACGGUCCGCGAGAACGGCAAGGACCGCACUACCACUAGUACCGCUACAGACUUCGACAUCACGUUCGACCUGGCGAGUUUUGUGGCCGCCGCGGGCGGCGAGCUAGUCGCUGUCGGCCCCGGAGAGCGCCGGAGGCGCGGCGGGAGGAAUCGUGCGGUCGCUACCCAGGCGGAGGUCGAGGCUGCGAUGGACGUGCGUGAUCGCUGCGAGGAGUAUAUCCGCUGCCCGGCGGCGCUCAAGGAGUUUACGCUGCGGAAGAGGCUGUGCGGGUUUGAUGAGGAGGUGCUCCGCUUCCAUGUCGAGGCCAUGGUCCGCAGUACAAACUACCGCGGGAAUAUACGUGUCUCCUUCCCCAUCGAGAACCGCAGCGUCGUGCUGGCCCCCGGGAAUGUCGUCUGUCGCAUACGAUAUGGCUGGGCGCGAUGGAUCCUUUACCUCUCGUUCCUGUGGCUGAUCACCUGGCCUGUGCUGUGGCUGCUCACGAAGCGAUGGGACGUCGUCGAUGCUAUAUAUCAUGUCGAGCCGGGCGCGGAGAGAGAGUGGGUCGAUCGCUGGGGCUGGGUGCUGACCCGCCUCGUGCGGCAGAAGCGGCAGCAGGGGGAGCCGCUCUCAGUGCCGCAUCUGAGGUGGAUCGAGUGCCACGAGCUCGCGCAGAGCGAGAGGAUGGAGUCGAGACGGAGGCAGAGCGGGGUUUUUGGGUUCCUUAGGGGCAUCGGUGAGAUCACUGAGGCCAUGGGCGGCGGGUGGGGCGCCGAUGAGUGGUAGUGAUGCUCGUUUACCGCGCUUUGCUUGGGUGGGUGUGUUCCGUGAAUGCGACCUACCGUAAACGGGUGUUUUUGCUUUGUUUUUGAUUCCUUGGAGUUGUGGGGAGGGGAGUGGAUUUGUUUGGUCAAUGCGAGCUGCAAUGAAUCUUCAUCGUGAAUACUUCAUAAAACAUUUACACUCUAGUUGCCAUUCACAGCGAAGGGUAGUUACUAGUACAGGACAAUGUGACCCUGACGGACCAAUUGUUCUUUGGUCCUGGCGUUGAGCUCAAUGGUUUUGCACUCGCGUCGCCGCCAUGCAU